CUCCGUGGUUGCAUUCCAGUAACGAUCUGAGAGUCUGGCCCACGCCUGUGCUGAGUUGUCGCCGAUAUCGUCGUCCCCGCCCAGCAGGUACGAUCCCACAGCAUUCGACUUCAUCUCGCUGGGUUUUAUCCACUUCUGGCGGGCCAUUGUCAUUUGCCCUAUCUUCUCUUCGAUGGUCAUCAGACUGACGAUCCUCGCCACUUCAUUUUUUAUAAUUUCAGACUCAGAACCGAACGUCGGAGGCCUGAUAUCUGGCCAGUCGGCCUCUGCACGAGCAAGAAAGUGUUUCAGUAAUCUUCGUGAAGUAGUGCUAUCACCUUCUUUGUUUUCGUAUCUGCACUUCCCCUUGUCGGUCCUGGUAAAAUUGCUACGGCACUGCAGACACUCCUUCUCCCUCUCGCCACAUAUUUCGCAAUAAGACACUCGGCAGCCAUCCCCUUGUAGUUCUUCAAUAGGCUUACAAUCAAGCCUGGCGCUCUGGACGCCCUGCUUGUAGCCCAUCGUCUUAAGAGCAGUGUGGUCGUGGAGAACGCAAUGACCAUUACCAUAGAAGGAUACUGCUUCGCAACCGGGAGUCAUGGCACACUCGCGAUGGCAUUCAGCGAAGGAAGAGACUAGACUGAAGGAAGCCCAUAAUUAGACUUUUAAGUGGACUCCUUGCGUACCCUGCUCGUGCGACGUCAUUCUUCUCGGCGUCACCGAACGCAGUAUCACCCGACACCUUACACCGUUGAAUGGCUGUUGGGAACCAUAAGAUGUCAAAUGAGUCUAUUGCCACUUUGCUCACGUUUGCACUCGUCGCUUGACAAAUAGAAGCCCAUUUCGCACAGUUCACACCUUUCGUCACCGGUGGCCUCCGUGCCACACCUCUCGCACUUCUUCUGAUUCACCAAGCAUCGCUUCUCUUCCAACGCUUCAUCGGCCACGAGUGACUGGACAACACAGCGGUCUCAUCGCUCACAUUCCACCGUUCACUCUAUCCGCGGUUACCGAUACAGCGCUGGCUCCAAUGGGCUGCCGCAAAGUUGCGACCAUACGCACCCUGCCGUCCUUGCAGUCGGAGGGAAUCAGCGCUGCCAGGGCCAGAAGGGCUGAGCAGACCGUAGGUUUGCAGCGCAUUUUGACUGGCGACGUACAUAUACGUAUACGUUUG